CCGACAUGGUUACCCAACAACUACCAUGUCGGUGAAGGACAUUGCGCCUCAAGAUGUUCAUUCUAUCUAAUUCAAACCAUCGGCUACUAGCAGAAUGUCCUUCUAAAUGGCGGGUAAUACCAACUUCUGCAACAACCUGUUGUUACUUUUUGGGCUGCAAGCAACGAACGCGGUUAAAGCGAGCGACCAAAAGUAUGGCAUAAACGACGACCAGGACCGUAAAGAACGGACCGUAGUAUAUUGGACUACCUGAAAUCGCUAUUUCUCCUUAAUUGACUUUGGAACGCAGUCGAGAAGUCUUCAUUAAUGGUCCGACCUCAAAUCCCUCUCUUACGUUGAUUCAUGGAACUUCCAAGUUUGUGAACGGAUACUGGACAUGAGGAUCUCCGUCUGUGAUAAAAAUAACCCCAUCCACAAGUUUAUAAACUUGGCAGUUCCGUAGGCGUUGGAUGGACAAAAAGUUGCAACAACUCGAAUCAAAACCGAAAAUCAAGCCAAACGAAUGGCAUCCUGUCAUUCGAGAAUUCCGCGAGCUCGUCGAGGGAGAUCCCAUACUGUUCAAGAACUGUAGUCAAAUGUUCGGCGGUAGACCCGACACCCCGCCCAAUGAUAAGGACUCACAGAAGUCUCAGGUUCGCGACUACAUCCAUAUGCUUGAACUCCUCAACUACAUCCUCACUCGGGCGCCAGAAUGGGAGAACAACGAUAUGGGUCAGAUGGGUAUUCUUCCCAUCCUCGCUCUAGUUGAAUGGCCCAUGAAUACCUCUGCUGGUCGAGUGGUGUUCUCCGAUUCGCGAGUGAACGCUCAGUUGAAGAAAAUAUUCGACGUAUGGGCUGAAUACCUGUCAUCGUCCGAUUCCACCUAUGUGUUGACUGAGGAUGACGGUUGGCUCUGCCCUGGUGCAAUCACAGAGGACUUUGGGCAGACCUUCAUUUGUGAUACCACCCAACCCCACUUUGGAUUCAAAUCCUGGGACGACUUUUUCACCAGAAGGCUCAAACCUGGCGUUCGGCCCAUCGCCGAGCCCUACGAUGACUCGAUAAUCACUAGUGCAUGCGAGUCUUACGUCGUCACUUUCGCUCACGAUGUCCAAGCCAAGGACAAGUUCUGGUUGAAAGGUUGCCCUUACUCCCUCCAAACGAUGUUUAACCACGACCCUCUCACACAGUACUUCAUCGGCGGUACAGUCUAUCAGGGGUUUAUUGCCUCGACGAGCUAUCAUAGAUGGCACAGUCCCGUCAACGGCGUCGUCGUAAAGAUCGUUCACAUCCCCGGGACUUACUACCUCCAAUCCCCUACGUUAGGAUUCGAAACCGAACAGGGCCCGGAUUAUUACACUCCUGAUCACUCGCAAGAGUUUCUUUCGCACUCACAAACUCGGUUGCUCGUGUUCAUCGAGUCGAGUAAUCCUGAAAUCGGGUUGAUGUGCGUGAUGACGAUCGGUAUGGUGGAAGUGUCUACGUGUGAGGUUACUGUUCGAGAGGGGACGAAGGUUAAGAAGGGGGACCAGUUGGGUAUGUUCCAUUUUGGUGGAUCGACGCAUUGCUUGGUGUUUCGGCCUCAGACUAAGCUCGUAAUUGGGGUUGAACCAGAGCAGGCGGUGAAGGUUAAUCAGGAAGUUGCGCGGCUUUUGUGA